AUGACUGACAAAUCAAUUGUCAUUCUGAGCCUCAUGGUUUUUCACAGUUCUUUUAUAAAUGGAAAAACAUGUAGACGGAAAUUGGUGGAAGAAUGGCAUCCACAACCCUCAUCACAUGUGGUAAAUUGGACACUAACAGAAAACAUCUGCUCGGACUUCUACAGCGAUUGCUGGGUUUUGGGUGUAAACACUAAAAUAGAUACUUCAGGCAAUCAAGUUGUUCCCCAGAUUUGCCCUUUGCAAAUUCAAUUAGGAGAUAUCCUUGUAAUUUCUUCUGAACCGUCUCUUCAAUUUCCAGAAAUAAAUUUGAUGAAUGUUUCUGAAACAUCUUUCAUUGGCUGUGUGCAAAAUACCACAACGGAAGAUCAGUUACUUUUUGGUUGCAGACUAAAAGGAAUGCACACUGUUAAUUCUAAGUGGCUGAGUGUUGGAACACAUUAUUUUAUCACAGUUAUGGCAAGUGGUCCAUCACCUUGUCCACUGGGACUUCGACUAAAUGUGACAGUGAAACAGCAGUUCUGCCAGGAAUCUCUGAGUUCAGAAUUUUGCUCUGGUCAUGGUAAAUGUCUUAGUGAAGCUUGGAGCAAGACAUAUAGCUGCCAUUGCCAGCCUCCGUUUUCUGGAAAAUACUGCCAGGAACUUGAUGCAUGUUCUUUUAAACCAUGUAAAAAUGAUGGCAGUUGCAUUAAUAAAAGAGGAAAUUGGGAUGAGCAAGGAUAUGAAUGUGUCUGUCACCCACCAUUUACAGGAAAGAAUUGCUCAGAAGUAAUUGGCCAGUGUCAACCACAUGUCUGUUUCCAUGGAAACUGCAGCAAUAUUACUUCAAAUAGUUUCAUUUGUGAAUGUGAUGAACAAUUUUCAGGUAAAAAAUGCAUAUAUAUACAUACCUAUACACAAAUAACUUCAAUUUUGUCUAUGUAUUUCAAAUUAAAUGGGAAAUAUUUCCUUUAUUUCUUUAUGUCAGGAUUUACUGGAAAAAACUGUGAGAAAGUAAUUGACCACUGUAGACUGCUCAGCAUCAACUGUCUGAAUGAAGAAUGGUGUUUCAAUAUAAUUGGAAGAUUCAAAUAUGUAUGCAUUCCAGGGUGCACAAAAAAUCCGUUUUGGUUUUUGAAGAAUGUUUACCUGAUUCAACUACACCCCUGCUACUAUGGAAUCACCUUCCAUGGUAUUUGCCAAGAUAAAGGUCCUGUUCAGUUUGAAUAUGUGUGGCAAUUGGGAUUUACAGGAUCUGAAGGUGAAAAGUGCCAAGGGGUUAUUGAUGCCUAUUUCUUUCUGACUGCAAACUGCACUGAAGAUGCAAUCUAUGUGAACCAUCCUGAAGAUAAUAAUUCUUCAUGUUCAUUCUCAUGUGAAGGUACAAAAGAGAUUUGUGCAAAUGGAUGCAGUUGUUUGAGUGAAGAAGACAGUCAGAAAUGUCAGUAUCUAUGUUUUCUCAGAUGGACUAGCAACAUGUAUCUGGAAAAUAUAACUGAUGAUCAAGAAAAUAAGUGUCAACAUGAAGCUAUUAGUGAAGAUGAAAUUAAUAGACCCAGAUGCAGCUGUUCUCUUAGUUGCAUUGGCACAUUGUGUGUUGUCAAUGUUGACUAUUGCUUAGGGAACCAGAGUAUAUCAGUGCAUGGCCUCUGCCUGGCCCUUUUGCACAAUUGUAACUGUAGCGAUCUGCAAAAAUAUGAAGGGAACAUCUGUGAGAUAGAUACUGAAGAUUGCAAAUCUGUGUCCUGCAAAAAUGGAACAACUAGUAUACAUUUAAGAGGAUAUUUCUUCUGCAAGUGUGUCCCAGGAUUUAAAGGCAAUCAUCACUGUGAAUUUGGGCCUUGCAAAGCUAGUAAUCCUUGUGAGAAUGGAGCUGUGCGUAAAGAGAAAAUGGAUUUGGAAAUGUUUCCCCUUGAGUUCCAGUGCCAGUGUGCCAGCUUUGCAGGUCCACGCUGUGAGAUCAAUGUCAAUGAGCGCAGUUCCAGCCCUUGCCUGCGUGGAUAUUGCUAUGACACUGUUGAUGGCUUUUCCUGCUUAUGCAAUCCAGGCUAUGCUGGAAUAGGAUGUGAACAGGACAUUGAUGACUGCAUCCUGAAUGCCUUUGAGCACAAUUCUACCUACAAAGAUCUGCAUCUCAGCUACCAGUGUGUGUGCCUAUCUGGUUGGGAAAGAAAUUUUUGUGAGCAAGAAUCCAAUGAGUGUAAAAUGAAUCCUUGCAAGAACAAUUCCACCUGUACUGACCUUUACAAAAGCUAUCGGUGUGAGUGUACAUCUGGAUGGACUGGACAGAACUGUAGUGAAGAAAUAAAUGAAUGUGACUCUGAUCCAUGCGUGAAUGGAGGUCUUUGUCAUGAAUCUACCAUCCCUGGACAAUUUGUGUGUCUGUGCCCACCCCUUUAUACUGGACAGUUUUGCCACCAACGCUAUAACCCUUGUGACCUACUUAAUAACCCUUGCAGAAACAACUCAACAUGCUUAGCUUUGGUAGAUGGAAAUCAGCAUUGUAUUUGUAGAGAAGAAUUUGAAGGUAAACACUGUGAAAUUGAUGUGAAAGAGUGCCUCUUCCUUUCCUGCCAGGAUUAUGGUGACUGUGAAGAUAUGGUCAACAAUUUCAGGUGUAUUUGCAGACCUGGGUUUUCUGGAUCUCUGUGUGAAAUUGAAAUUAAUGAAUGUUCCUCUGAACCUUGUAAAAAUAAUGGGACAUGUGUGGAUCUGACAAACAGAUUUUUUUGUAAAUGUGAACCUCGGUACCAUGGGCCCUUCUGUGAACUUGAAGUAAAUAAAUGUAAAAUCUCACCUUGUCUAGAUGAAGAAAAUUGUGCCUAUAAGACUGAUGGAUACAACUGCAUCUGUGCCCCUGGUUAUACAGGCAUCAAUUGUGAAAUAAAUCUAGAUGAAUGCCUAUCAGAGCCCUGUCUCCAUGAUGGAGUUUGUAUUGAUGGUAUCAAUCAUUAUACCUGUGACUGCAAGAGUGGGUUUUUUGGAACACACUGUGAAACAAAUGCAAAUGAUUGCCUUUCAAAUCCUUGUCUACAUGGAAGGUGCACAGAACUUAUUAAUGAAUAUCCAUGUUCAUGUGAUGCAGAUGGGACUAGAGUACAAUGUAAGAUCAAAAUUAAUGACUGCACAACCAUGCCUUGUAUGAAUGAAGGCUUCUGUCAGAAGUCAGCACAUGGAUUUACUUGUAUUUGCCCACGUGGAUACACUGGGGCAUACUGUGAAAAAAGCAUUGAUAAUUGUGCUGAGCCUGAACUUAAUUCAGUCAUCUGUCUUAAUGGAGGGAUUUGUGUUGAUGGCCCUGGACACACUUUUGACUGCAGAUGUCUUCCUGGGUUUUCUGGUCAAUUUUGUGAAAUUAAUAUAAAUGAAUGCUCUUCAUCACCAUGUCUACAUGGUGCAAACUGUGAAGAUCACAUCAAUGGAUAUGUUUGCAAAUGCCAACCAGGAUGGUCUGGACACCACUGUGAGAAGGAACUUGAGUGCAUUCCCAACUCAUGUGUUCAUCAACUGUGCAUGGAAGAUGAACCUGGCUCGACAUGUUUAUGCACACCUGGAUUUAUGACCUGCUCCAUUGGGCUUCUUUGUGGUGAUGAAAUAAGGAGAAUUACCUGUUUAACUCCCAUCUUUCAAAGAACAGAUCCCAUUUCCACACAGACAUAUACAGUUCCCCCUUCUGAGACUUUGGUCAGUAGCUUUCCAUCUAUAAAGGCUACUAGAAUACCAACCAUAAUGGAUACUUAUCCAGUUGAUCAAGGUCCAAAACAGACAGGCAUAGUCAAGCAUGACAUUCUCCCAACCACUGGUUUGGCAACGUUAAGAAUUAGCACACCCUUGGAAAGCUACUUACUCGAAGAACUGAGUGUCACUAGAGAGCUUUCAGCAAAACACAGUCUUCUUUCUUCCACAGAUGUGUCCUCUUCUCGAUUCCUGAGUUUUGGUAUUCAUGACCCAGCACAAAUUGUCCAGGACAAAACAUCGGCAUCGCAUAUGCCUAUUCGAACUUCAGCAGCCACACUAGGUUUCUUUUUUCCUGAUAGGAGAGCAAGGACCUCAUUUAUCAUGUCUUCCUUAAUGUCAGAUUUUAUUUUUCCUACACAAUCUUUAUUAUUUGAGAACUAUCAGACUGUUGCUUCAUCUGCUACCCCAACGACUUCAGUAAUUAGAAGCAUUCCAGGGGCUGAUAAUGAGUUAAACAGACACUCAUUACUCUCCCGUGGAUUCCUGCUUACAGCUGCCUCCAUAAGUGCAACUCCAGUUGUCUCUAGGGGGGCUCAAGAGGAUAUCAAAGAAUAUUCAGCUGUUUCUUUAAUUUCAAGAAGAGAGCACUGGAGAUUGCUCAGCUCCUCGAUGUCUCCCAUUUUUCCUGCUAAGAUAAUUAUAUCUAAACAGGUAACCAUCUUAAACUCAUCAGCUCUGCACCGGUUCGGUACAAAAGCCUUCAUUCCCAGUGAAUAUCAGGCUAUUACUGAAGCUUCAAGCAACCAGAGACUCACAAACAUCAAAUCACAGGCUGCUGAUUCUUUAAGAGAAUUAAGCCAAACAUGUGCAACAUGUUCUAUGACUGAAAUAAAAUCCUCUCAUGAAUUCUCAGAUCAAGUUUUGCAUAGCAAACAGUCCUACUUUUAUGAGACAUUCUGGAUGAACUCAGCGAUAUUAGCCAGCUGGUAUGCACUAAUGGGAGCUCAAACUAUCACUUCUGGGCAUUCAUUUUCUUCUGCUACUGAAAUAACACCAUCAGUGGCAUUCACAGAAGUGCCAUCUUUAUUUCCUUCUAAAAAGAGUGCAAAAAGAACAAUUUUAUCCUCAUCCUUGGAAGAAUCCAUUACCCUAUCAAGUAAUUUGGAUGUUAAUUUAUGUUUGCAUAAGACUUGUUUAUCCAUUGUCCCUUCACAAACUAUCUCUUCAGAUUUGAUGAAUUCUGAUUUGACUUCAAAAUUGACUACUGAUGAACUGUCAGUAUCAGAAAACAUUUUAAAACUAUUGAAAAUAAGACAAUAUGGCAUAACUAUGGGCCCCACUGAGGUAUUAAAUCAAGACAGCUUAUUGGACAUAGAAAAAAGUAAAGGAUCUCAUACACCGUUCAAACUUCACCCAAGUGAUAGUUCUCUAGAUUUUGAGUUAAACUUACGAAGUUAUCCAGGUGUUACUUUAAAGACAUAUUCAGAAAUUACACUUGCAAAUGACCUCAAAAAUAAUCUGCCACCAUUGACAGGCUCAAUGCCUGAUUUUUCAGAAGUCACCACCAAUGUUGCAUUUUAUACAGUUUCAGCAACUCCAGCACUUUCAAUACAGAUGUCUUCCUCCAUGUCUGUAAUUAGGCCAGAUUGGCCAUAUUUUAUAGAUUAUAUGACCUCUCUUCAUAAAGAAGUCAAGACUUAUUCAGAAUGGUCCAAACGGGAACUUCAGCCUAGUGUGCAAUAUCAGGAAUUUCCCACUGCAAGCUGGCAUCUUCCCUUCACUAGAUCUCUUACUUUGUCUUCACUGGAAUCCAUUGUGACACCUCAACGGCUGAUGAUUUCUGAUUUCAGUUGUGUUUGCUAUUAUGGAGAUUCCUAUCUAGAAUUUCGGAAUGUGGUUUUACAUCCACAAAAUAACAUCUCCCUAGAAUUUCAGACCUUCAGCUCCUAUGGACUCCUGCUCUAUGUCAAACAAGACUCAAAUUUAGUAGAUGGAUUUUUUAUUCAAUUGUUUAUUGAAAAUGGUACUUUAAAGUACCACUUUUACUGUCCUGGUGAAGCAAAAUUUAAAAGCAUUAAUACUGCUAUUAGAGUGGACGAUGGGCAAAAGUAUACACUACUUAUCAGGCAAGAAUUGGAUCCAUGUAAAGCUGAACUGACUAUUCUAGGGAGGAAUACACAAACAUGCGAAUCUAUCAAUCAUGUACUUGGAAAACCCCUACCAAAAUCAGGAUCUGUCUUUAUUGGUGGAUUGCCAGACCUUCAUGGGAAAAUCCAGAUGCCUGUACCAGUCAAGAAUUUUACUGGCUGCAUAGAAGUUAUAGAAAUAAAUAACUGGAGAUCUUUCAUUCCAUCCAAGGCAGUGAGAAACUAUCACAUUAACAAUUGCAGAUCCCAGGGAUUUAUGCUGUCUCCAACAGCCUCCUUUGUUGAUGCUUCUGAUGUGGCACAAGGGGUUGAUACCAUGUGGACUUCUGUCAGCCCCUCUGUUGCAGCACCCUCUGUGUGCCAGGAGGAUGUAUGCCACAAUGGAGGCACAUGCCGUCCCAUGUUCCUCUCCAGUGGCAUAGUGUCAUUCCAAUGUGACUGUCCACUACAUUUCACUGGCCGCUUCUGUGAAAAAGAUGCAGAUUUAUUUUUUCCAUCUUUCAGUGGAAAUUCCUAUUUAGAACUGCCCUUCUUGAACUUUGUCCUGGAGAAGGAAUAUAACAGAACUGUUACCAUCUUCUUGACUAUAAAAACAAACAGUUUAAAUGGAACUAUUCUUUACAGUAAUGAGAGUAAUUUUGGAAAGCAGUUUCUUCAUUUAUUUCUUGUGGAAGGAAGGCCAUCAGUUAAAUAUGGAUGUGGAAAUUCUCAAAAUAUUUUGGCUGUUUCUGCUAACUACAGCAUUAACACAAAUGCAUUCACCCCUAUCACAGUACGCUACACAACGCCUAUUGGCAGCCCUGGAGUCGUUUGUAUGAUUGAAAUGACUGCAGAUGGAAAACCUCCAGUACAGAAGAAAGACACAGAGAUUUCCCAUGCCUCUCAGGUAUAUUUUGAAUCAAUGUUCCUUGGUCAUAUUCCUGAAAAUGUUCAAAUUCAUAAGAAAGCAGGUCCUGUUUAUGGAUUCAGGGGCUGCAUUCUAGAUCUUCAAGUAAACAACAAAGAAUUCUUUAUCAUUGAUGAAGCACGACGUGGAAAGAAUAUUGAGAACUGCCACGUCCCUUGGUGUGCUCAUCAUCUGUGCCGCAACAAUGGCACCUGCCUCAGUGAUAGUGAAAAUCUGUUUUGUGAGUGUCCAAGGCUGUAUUCAGGCAAGCUGUGCCAGUUUGCAAGUUGUGAAAAUAACCCAUGUGGAAAUGGUGCCACCUGUGUUCCAAAAUCCGGAACAGAUAUUGUCUGCCUCUGCCCAUAUGGGAGGUCUGGACCCCUCUGCACUGAUGCUAUUAAUAUCACUCAGCCGAGGUUCAGUGGCACGGACGCCUUUGGAUACACCUCAUUCCUGGCUUAUUCACGGAUCUCAGACAUCAGCUUCCAUUACGAAUUCCACCUGAAGUUUCAGCUGGCAAACAACCACUCAGCACUGCAAAAUAACUUGAUAUUCUUUACUGGACAGAAAGGCCAUGGGUUGAAUGGCGAUGACUUCCUGGCUGUGGGCCUGCUCAAUGGCAGUGUGGUUUAUAGUUAUAACCUGGGGUCUGGCAUAGCUAGCAUCAGGAGCGAUCCCCUCAAUCUGAGCCUUGGAGUCCACACUGUUCAUCUGGGGAAGUUCUUCCAAGAAGGCUGGCUGAAGGUAGAUGAUCAUAAAAAUAAAUCCAUUAUCGCCCCAGGAAGACUGGUUGGACUCAAUGUCUUCAGUCAGUUUUAUGUAGGUGGCUACAGUGAAUAUACUCCAGAUCUCUUACCAAAUGGAGCAGAUUUUAAAAAUGGUUUUCAAGGUUGUAUUUUCACUCUUCAAGUUCGCACUGAGAAGGAUGGCCAUUUCAGAGGACUAGGAAAUCCCGAGGGCCACCCAAAUGCUGGACGCAGUGUUGGCCAGUGUCAUGCUUCUCCCUGCAGUUUAAUGAAAUGUGGCAACGGUGGAACAUGCAUAGAGAGUGGAACUAGUGUUUACUGCAACUGUACCACUAGGUGGAAAGGAGCAUUCUGCACAGAGACAGUUUCCAUCUGUGAUCCUGAACAUGACCCUCCACACCACUGUAGCAGAGGAGCAACCUGCAUUUCAUUACCUCAUGGAUACACCUGUUUCUGUCCUCUAGGAACCACUGGAAUCUACUGUGAACAAGCACUUAUCCUCACUGUGAUCUUGGAAAAGCCAAAACCAGCAGAAUGGAAAGUGAAGAAGGAAGCUUUAUCCAUAAGUGAUCCAUCUUUCAGAAGCAGUGAGUUAUCCUGGAUGUCUUUUGCUUCCUUUCAUGUUCGAAAAAAGACACAUAUUCAAUUGCAGUUUCAGCCUCUCGCUGCAGAUGGUAUCCUAUUUUAUGCUGCACAACACUUAAAAGACCAAUCAGGUGAUUUUUUAUGUAUCUCUUUAGUAAAUGGUUCCGUUCAACUUCGCUACAACCUUGGUGACAGAACUAUCAUUCUAGAAACUCUCCAAAAAGUAACUAUAAACGGAAGUACUUGGCACAUAAUAAAAGCAGGAAGAGUUGGUGCAGAAGGUUACCUGGAUCUAGAUGGGAUAAAUGUAACAGAAAAAGCCUCCACUAAAAUGAGUUAUCUGGACACAAAUACAGACUUCUAUAUUGGAGGAGUAUCUUCUUUAAAUCUUGUAAAUCCCACGGCAAUAGAAAAUGAACCUGUAGGUUUUCACGGCUGUAUCCGACAAGUUAUCAUAAAUAAUCAAGAAUUACAACUAACUGAAUUCGGAGCAAAAGGUGGUUCAAAUGUAGGUGACUGUGAUGGGACAGCCUGUGGGUACAAUACAUGCAGAAACGGAGGUGAAUGUACAGUAAAUGGCACAACUUUUUCUUGCAGAUGUUUGCCAGAUUGGGCUGGAAAUACAUGUAACCAGUCUGUGUACUGUUUGAAUAAUCUUUGCCUCCACCAGUCUUUAUGUAUACCUGAUCAAUCAUUUUCUUACAGUUGCCUGUGUACUUUGGGUUGGGCGGGAAGGUAUUGUGAAAACAAAACUUCAUUUUCAACUGCAAAAUUUAUGGGCAAUUCUUACAUUAAAUACAUUGAUCCAAAUUACAGAAUGAGAAACCUCCAGUUCACUACUAUAUCCUUAAAUUUCAGUACCACUAAAACAGAAGGUCUAAUUGUAUGGAUGGGAAUAGCUCAAAAUGAAGAAAAUGAUUUUCUGGCAAUUGGUCUCCAUAAUCAGACCUUGAAAAUAGCAGUUAACUUAGGAGAAAGAAUCUCUGUGCCUAUGAGCUAUAACAAUGGCACAUUCUGUUGUAAUAAAUGGCACCAUGUAAUUGUAAUUCAAAAUCAGACUCUUAUCAAGGCCUAUGUAAAUAACAGUCUGAUUCUUUCCGAGGAUAUUGAUCCACAUAAAAACUUUGUUGCCCUAAAUUAUGAAGGCAUUUGUUAUCUAGGGGGUUUUGAAUAUGGUCGAAAGGUAAAUAUCGUUACUCAAGAGAUUUUUAAAACCAAUUUUGUUGGCAAAAUUAAAGAUGUUGUAUUUUUUCAGGAUCCAAAAAAAAUUGAACUAAUUAAAUUAGAAGGAUACAAUGUUUAUGAUGGAGAUGAACAAAAUGAAGUUACAUAAAACUUAACACUAGAGAUUUAAGUACACACUAUACAUAAAUGCAGUUAUUUUGAUAGUUAUUUCUUUGGUACAUUGCUCAUGGGGAAUCAACUGUUUACUAUUACCUGAAAUAGUCUAAAUGCUAACAUAUCUUUUUGGUAGGAUUGUAAAAUGUCACUGAAGGUUCUGAUUGUUUUUCCUACAUCUAAUUUAUCUGUAUAUAUUUUGACUCAUGUUUUAACUCCAUUAGUUCAUUCAAUGCUUAUUCACGGAAUGUGCUUAUUCACUUUGCUUAUUCACUUCUUACCUAUCCCUAAUGCUUAAAUUUUAAAAUGAAUGUGUAAACACAAUUUUAAAAAUCAAUGUGUAAACUGAACUUUAAAAUGUUGGGAAUGAAUUAGGGAUAGGUACAAAUAGGAAAAAGUCAAGUUAUUAAUCAAAGGAAAAAUAAAAUGUAUACAAAGCAAUGUAA